AUGGCUGAUGAUGAAGAGGGUGUUUUUGGAGGUUUGUAUGAAGACGGCCAUUGGGAAUGGAAUGAAAAUACAAAUACCUUACAUUUUAUAAGCGAUUUACCUCCACAACCAGUGGAAACUAUUCAGAUAUCAACAAAAGCGCCCACUGGAGCCAUAGAGUUUCGAGAUGACGUAGAUUUAAUUGAACAGAUACGGUUUCGCAGGCGUUACCAAAGGAAGUUGCAAUCUGGUCAGGCAGACGUUAUAACUCUCCAGGAUGUAAAGGAUAUUGCAAUAUUUACUGCACCUGUCGGUAUAUUAAGUCCAGUAUUGAUUAAUAUGCUUCAUCUUCCCACGACAGAAAGGUUUUUGAGAGCACUGAUUCUAUGUUGCCAGUACUAUUUACAGAUUGCAGAUGAAAUGGCAAAUCGUAUAAUAGAAUUGGAAGCAAAAGUUCGAACGCCGGAUUGUGAGAUAAUCGAAAACGAAUACCGCGAUAACUUAGCCGAUCUGCGAUUGUUAGUCGCCAAAGAAUAUUGCACAAUAUUAAUAGGCGGAGGUGAGACUAGAAAGUUCCAUCACAUGGGCCCACAGAAAAAACGUCGAUCACUAUCAGAUAAAGACGCUCGUUUAUUCGAAACACUGUUGCGAAUGUGCGUCCAAGUUGUUUGGUUGGCUUUGGGAAGGAAAUCCUUUAAUCAGAUUGAAUUGGAAGUGAAUCGAGUCUUCAAAUCUGAUAUAUUCAAUACAGUUGAGCACACUCUGAAAACCGGCUAUGUCGGUAAAAUGACAAAGGAAGAGCGUUCAGUUUUAUUUGGAAACUGCAUUCGUUACGAUAAAAAGUUGAACACAAAAUCGCCAUUGACCAACGAAGUGUUUUGUUCUAGAGAUGUCGAUUAUCGUGUUAUGGGUCUUGGAGUCAUUAAAUGCCCUCACCUAACUUCUCGUUUGCAAUAUUUACUUUUGACAAUAGCCGGUCCUGAGGAGAAUUUUACUGAAUCCGGUAUAGUUCUCGGUAUUAUUGGUUUGCCACGUUCUGCUUUCGACACGAUGCUUAGACCCCUACCGACUGCUACGGAAGGAAAAUCUAAAGCUUCAAUGUCUUCGACAAGCAACCGCAGCUCUAAAAGUGCAGCGUCUAUGAGAAAAAGCUCACAUGUCGUCCAAAAAUUAUAUCCUGACAUAACACUACCACGAAAGGAAUCCAAGGAUGUACGCUUUCCACCGUCGUUUCCUGAUGAGCCAGAGAAAAUUCGUCAAUGUAACGAAGUGCAGCGACGGCGGUGGCUAAAUAGGCUUAGUAAACUGAUGAAUCUGCGCUAG